AUGGACGGUGCGGCAGCCACCUGGACGCCCCGGAAGCAGGUGGUGCUGUACCCUUCGCCCGGCAUGGGCCACCUGGUGUCCAUGAUCGAGCUCGGCAAGGUCCUCGCGGCUCGCGGCCUCGCCAUCACCAUCGUCAUCGUGAGCCUGCCGUUCGUGGACACCGGCGCGAGGGGGCCUUUCCUGGCCGGCGUCACCGCGGCCAACCCCUCCAUCUCCUUCCACUGCCUCCCGCAGGUCGACGUCCCGCCGCUCGACUCCGACCACCCCGAGGCGGUCACCUACGAGGUCGCCGGCCUCUCCAUCCCGCACCUCCGCGGCUUCCUCGCCGGCGCCUCCCCGGCCGUCCUCAUCGUCGACUUCUUCUGCAGCAUCGCGCUCGACGUCGCCGCCGAGCUUGGCGUCCCCGGAUACUGUUUCUUCACGUCUCCCGCGGAGGUCUUGGCUUUUUCCCUGUAUUUGCCGGUCCUGCAUGCUCGGAGCGCGGCCAGCUUUGGGGAGAUGGGGGAGGAGCUCGUGCACGUGCCGGGGAUCCCCGCGUUGCCGGCGACCCACUUCCCCAAGCCGCUCAUGGACCGUGACGACGUGGCGUACAGAUGGUCCCUCAGAGUGUCCCCCGACCUCUGCCGCUCCCAGGGAAUCAUUGUCAACACCUUCCGCUCGCUCGAGCCACGCGCGGUGGACGCCAUCGCUGCCGGGCUCUGCACGCCUCCCGGCCUCCCGACGCCGCCGGUCUACUGCAUCGGGCCGCUGAUAAAGUCGGAGGAGGUGGGCGUGAAGCGCGGCCACGAGUGCCUGGCAUGGCUGGACACGCAGCCGACGGCCAGCGUGGUGUUCCUCUGCUUCGGCAGCCUCGGCGUGUUCAACGCAGAGCAGAUCAGGCAGGUGGCCAUCGGCCUGGAGGCCAGCGGCAAGAGGUUCCUGUGGGUCGUGCGGAGCCCGCCGAGCGACGACCCGACAAAGAAGUUCGAGGAGCCGCCGGAGCCGGACCUCGAUGCUCUCCUCCCGGAGGGCUUCCUGGACCGGACCAAGGGCACGGGUCUCGUCGUCAAGUCAUGGGCGCCGCAGCGGGACGUGCUGGCGCAUGGCGCGGUGGGCGGUUUCGUGACGCACUGCGGGUGGAACUCCGUGCUCGAGGUGAUCAUGGCCGGCGUGCCCAUGCUGGCCUGGCCGCUGUACGCGGAGCAGCGGAUGAACAGAGUGUUCCUGGAAAAGGAGCUGGGUCUGGCUGUGGCGGUGGAUGAAUAUGACAAGGAGGUGGUGGACGCCGACGAAGUGGCGGCAAAGGUGAGGUGGCUGAUGGACUCCGACGGCGGCAGGGUGCUCCGGGAGUGGACGCAGGCGGCUAUGCGACGGGCCAAGCAGGCGCUGGGCGAGGGUGGGGAGUCGAAUUUGACGUUGACGCGACUGGUCCAGGGCUGGAUGCUUGACGUGGGCAAUGACGUGAGUUCGGCUGAGAAAAGAUAG